AUGGCAGGAGCGUCCACCAUAGUAGUUUUGGGGCUUUUGUUCCUCACGGAAUGCCACUCGGCCCCAGUGCAGUGUGGGGAGAUGGUGGGGCGUCUGCAGGCUGAGAUGGAGGACCUGGUGAGGGUGAUCAACGACCAGCACCACUACAUCCAGGGGCUUCACCUCAGCCAGGCCCAGAAGCUGCCCCAGAUCCCCCAGACACACCUCCAGACUGGGGGCCAGUACAAAGACUGUGCUGAGAUCUUUAAGGAUGGGAACUCCGUUAGUGGCCUGUAUAUGAUCAGACCGAACCAGGCUCCCUCCUCCUUCAUGGUGUUCUGUGACAUGAGUGAUGGAGGAGGCUGGACUGUCGUCCAGAGGAGAAAGGACGGCACGGAGUCCUUCGACAGAGUGGGCACUUUGGUUUGGCAUCACGUGCAUGUGGGUGUGUCUCCCUCCCUCUACAGAGCAUGGGUGGAGUAUAAGCAUGGUUUUGGAGACAGCGAGUCAGACGGAGAGUUCUGGCUAGGGAACGACCCCCUACACUACCUCACCUCUCAAGGCGACUACAACCUAAAGAUCAACAUGGAGGACUUUGACGGAAACCAGCGCUUCGCCAAGUACAAAAACAUGAAAGUUGAUGAUGAAAAGAACCAGUAUAAGCUUCAUCUGGGUGAGUACACUGGCAAUGCGGGGGACGCCCUCCCCGAAGCCCACUCCCGUCCCAGUGGGCAGUGGAACAGUCUAGGGGCCGGUCAACUGGGAGUCAAGUUCAGUACCUACGACCAUCCCAACAAGGACGAUGAGAAGUGUAUCCGCCAUGACAUGUCAGGCUGGUGGUUCAGCAAGUGUGAGUCUGGCAACUUGAACGGUCACUACUACAACGGGCCGUACCAAGUGGUGAUGGAUGACGGGGUGGUCUGGUACACCUGGCACGGCUGGUGGUAUUCAAUCAAAUCCGUAGUCAUGAUGAUCCGGGCCUCCGACGUCCAUCCGGCUGGAUCUGAUGUCCAACUGACCAGAACGCCAGAUGACAUCGAUCCUGUUAAGAGUUUUGCCUCAAUUAGGAUAGGCUGAAGGUGGUGUUACAUCAUAGAGAACAUCCAAUCAUAACAAUCUUGAUGCUAAUUGAGGUAAAACAGUAAUUCUGCUCAUAGAUUAUUAAAGGAUUACAUUUAUUUUCAUCGUCAAUUGCAGACCAAAAAUGUAUUUCAGCUUUUAACCCAACCCCUUUGAAUCAGAGAGGUGUGGGGGGCUGCCACAUCGGGUGCCAGAGGAGCUGUUGUUGUCCAUUCCAACUGGCAACCUUUUGGUUAUUUGCCCAACGUUUUAACUUGCUAGGCCACCUGCUGCUAGCCCAUAUGCAUGUGAUCUACACAUCCAGCCCAAAGCAGGAGGUUUAAAACAUACUUUCUUAGUCGCCAAUGUACCGGAGCAUGUCUUUCACUGUUAAAAAUAACAACGUGAAUGUGACUGUUGGCCGAUUUUGACAUGUUUUUCUUUUAUAAAUAAUGGUACAAUGUGUGUACAAUUGUGUACUUUCCACUCAAAUAAUUUCCGAUUGUGACUCAAUUUUAAUAAAAUGUUAACUAUGA